GUAGAUCGUAAGAUCGUAGCUAGAUUUAUCUUAUUUACUACUACGCGCACACGGUUUACAUAUAAAGUGUGUAAAAAUCAAAGUGGUUUUCAAAGUUCGUUUCAAUUUUGUAAAUGAUGGAUCUGAAUUUGGAAAAACUCAAGGAACUGAGAAAUACCAUGAAACCGAUUCCAUUACCAGAGUAUGAAGGGGUACGAUUUCCAGCUUUCAAUGUAAUCAGAGAAAAGGGGAUAGAGAAAGCUAUACAAGACAUAACGGAAAUUCAGUCUAGAAAAUCAGAUAUUAUGAUCUGCACAUAUCCAAAAUCAGGAACGCAUUGGGUUUACGAAGUUACCAAUAUGUUAAUAAGAAACAAAACAGAUCUGGAUACCGUUACCAAAGUUUCGACGAUGUUAGAAGUUAUUCCCGAUCUCUCAGUCUUAGAUGCACUGCCAUCACCAAGGUUACUUAAUACUCAUUACUCAUUUAAAUAUCUACCAAUGCAGCAUAUCGAAAAUAGAUGCAAGAUUAUUCAUAUGAUUAGAAACCCGAAAGAUGUCUGUGUCUCGUUUUAUUAUCACGCAAAGAGUGACACCUUUCUGGACUUUACUGGAACCUGGGAUGAUUUUUUCGAAAUGUGGAUGUCAGACAAAUGUCCAAAUGGAUCAUGGUACAAUUAUGAGAAAGAAAUGGAACAAGCAGAGAAAGAUUUUCCCGGCAUGAUAUUUAAUUGCUAUUUCGAAGAAAUGAAAAAGGAUAAUACAGGAGAGAUACAGCGAUUGGCUAACUUCUUAGGAAUACCGUGCACCGAAAAGAUAAUAGAAAAUAUUGCUGAAACAACAUCCUUUAAUCAUAUGCAGAAAAAUAAACUAGAUAUGACGGAAGUAAUUUCUGGAAAAGGCUUCAUAUAUAGAAAGGGGGAAAUAGGAGACUGGAAAAACCAUUUUACAGUAGCACAAAAUGAGCGGUUUGAUGUGCAAUAUACAGAAAGAUUUAAGGACAGUUCAUACAAACUUUCUUUUGAACAAAUAAAAGAAACCUGAAUUCUUCAAAGUGAUGGAAAAAAGAUGAAAUAAUAAUAUGACAAUGACUGUUUCCAAAGAAUUAAUUUUACAUAUAUAUUUUAUAUAUAUAUAUAUAGCAAUAAAUUUACAGCAUUAAGAAA